CCUAAAGAGCAAAAAAAUAAUAAAUAAAUAAAAGGGGCUCCCGAAUUCCAUUAUAACCUGGGGGGGCACACGGCCCCAUGGUCCCCAGUUUACAUGUCCCCCUCCUCCUUAUUUCCUUCUUCCUCCUUUAUCUCCACAGGUUGUUUUCCUCAGUUAUUCUGCCCGGUAACAGCUGUUCUGCUGAGAGAUGGAUUCCUGCUUCUGAUUGGAGGAUCAGAUUCUGCCCGGUAACCAUGAUCUUCUGCCCAGCGAUGCUCCAGCCCAACAACAGCAUUCUGAUUGGCUGGAGGCCCAUUGGCGGGAAAAGUAUUUCCCUUCUAUACUGGGCUGUGGUGUCUCCAGCUCAGUCACCUGUGGGAAGAUUAGAAGAAGCCCCGCCCUCCCCCUUUUAUUUCACUUUCCUUUCCAUCACAAUGUUUUAUAGAAGAGCUGAUCCAGUUGUCUCUUCUCCUCCAGCUGAUCCAGUUGUCUCCUCUUCUCAUGAAUUACCCCCCAAGGAUGGAGAAGGACAGUAAUGAGAUGACUAAGAGAAUAUUACACUUCACCUUGGAGAUCCUCCACCUGCUGACCGGAGAGGAUUAUACCAUAGUGAAGAAGACAUGGGGGGAGUGUGUGGCCCCGAGCAGCCAUUUCCAUGAGUCAGGAGGAUGGAGCAGGGCCCAGGGCCCCAUCACAGAGCCUCCACCUCACUCACCGAUACAUGAGGAGAAGAUCCUAGAACUCACCCACAGGAUUACUGAGCUGCUGACUGAAGAGGUUCCUAAAAGGUGUCAGGAUGUGGCGGUCUAUUUCUCCAUGGAGGAGUGGGAGUAUGUAGAAGGACACAAGGAUCUGUACCAGGACAUAGUCAUGAUGGAGGAUCACCGGCCCCUCACAUCACAAGAUGGAGUCAUUGAUAGAAAUCCACCCGAGAGGUGUCCCCGCCCUCUUUAUUCCCAGGACUGUCCAGAGGGAAAUGUCCCAGAGAAGCAUCAGGGUGAAGAUCUGAUGGAUAUUAAGAUUGAAAUUAAAGUUGAACCAGAAGAGGAGACGGAUUUCGGGGCCGAUCAGCAGUAUGGAGUCAUUGAUAGAAAUCCACCCGAGAGGUGUCCCCGCCCUCUGUAUUCCCAGGACUGUCCAGAGGGAAAUGUCCCAGAGAAGCAUCAGGGUGAAGAUCUGAUGGAUAUAAAGGUUAAAGAAGAACCAGAAGAGGAGACGGAUUUCUGGGCCGAUCACCCGUGUAUGAGGGAAGUGAAGGAGGAAAUUCCAGGAGGUGUUAUCCCAGGAAAUCCCAGUAAGAACAUAGAAGACGUCAUGUUAUCUGUGAGUGAUAAAGGAGAAGAUGGAGAGAUCAUGGAGCGCUCCUCAGGACAAGAUGGAGAGAUCAUGGAGCGCUCCUCAGGACAAGAUGGAGAGAUCAUGGAGCGCUCCUCAGGACAAGAUGGAGAGAUCAUGGAGCGCUCCUCAGGACAAGAUGGAGAGAUCAUGGAGCGCUCCUCAGGACAAGAUGGAGAGAUCAUGGAGCGCUCCUCAGGACAAGAUGGAGAGAUCAUGGAGCGCUCCUCAGGACAAGAUGGAGAGAUCAUGGAGCGCUCUUCAGGAGAAGAUGGAGAGAUCAUGGAGCGCUCCUCAGGAGAUGACCUUCUUACCCCUAAUGUCCAUCCAGAUCUAUCCUAUAAUAAUCCCCCUGAUCAUGAGGAACCUUCUCCUGACCAACCACACAUUGUUACCACAAGGACAGAGAAGAAAGGGGGGAAAAGGAUUCAAUGUGAUGAAUGUGGGAAAGAGUUUACAACAAGAACCAACCUUGUUAUACAUAUAAGAAGUCACACAGGCGAGAAGCCAUAUUCAUGUUCAGAAUGUGGAAAAUGCUUUAUAAGUAAAUCACAUCUUACUAGACAUGAGCGAAUUCACACAGGAGUGAAGCCAUAUUCAUGCUCAGAAUGUGAUAAAUGUUAUACAUCUAAAUCAAACCUUGUUAUACAUAUGAGAAGUCACACAGGUGAGAAGCCAUAUUCAUGUUCAGAAUCCUUUACAUAUAAAUCAUCACAUGAAAAGAGUCACAUAGAGAAUCCAUAUUCAUGUUCUGAAUGUGGAAAAUGCUUUGCAAGCAAAGGAUAUCUUGCUGUACAUGAGCGAAUUCACACAGGAGAGAAGCCAUAUUCAUGCUCAGAAUGUGGGAAUUUUUUUACACGGAAAGGACAUCUUGUUAGACACUUGAGAAUCCACACAGGGAAGAAACCAUAUUCAUCUUCAGAAUGUCAAAAAUCCUUUACAUAUAAAUCAUCACAUGAAAGAAGUGGCAUAGUGAAGCCAUAUUCAUGUUCUGAAUGUUGCAAAUGUUUUUUAAAUAAAUUUAGCCUUGUUAGACAUAAGAAAAUUCACACAGGAGAGGGGCCAAAUUCAUGUUCAGAAUGUGAGAAAUGCUUUGCUAGUAAAUCAGAGCUCAUUGUACACGAGAGAAGUCACACAGGGGAAAAACCAUAUUCGUGUUCAGAAUGUGGGAAAUGUUUUCAACAUAAAUCACAUCUUGUUAGACAUGAGAAAAUUCACACAGGAGAGAAGCCGUAUUCAUGUUCAGAAUGUGGGAAAUGCUUCUUAAAUAAAUCACAUCUUGUAAUGCAUGAGAGAAUUCACACGGGGGAGAAGCCAUAUUCAUGUUCAGAGUGUGGAAAAUGUUUUACAAAAAAUUCAAAUCUUGCUUCACAUGAGAGAAUUCACACAGGAGAGAUGCCAUAUUCAUGUUCAGAAUGUGGGAAAUGUUUUAGACAUAAAUUUGGUCUUGAUUUUCAUAUAAAAAGUCACACAAAGGAAAAGCCAUAUUCAUGUUCAGAAUGUGGGAAAUGUUUUAUAACUAAAUCAGAGCUUGUUAAGCAUGAGAGAAUUCACACGGGGGAGAAGCCCUAUUCAUGUUCAGAGUGUGGAAAAUGUUUUACAAGAAAUUCUUAUCUUGUUAUGCAUGAAAGAAGCCACACGGGAGAGAAGCCAUAUUCAUGUUCAGAAUGUGGGAAAUGUUUUUCAAUGUAUUCAAAUCUUACUACACAUGAGAGAAUUCACACAGGUGAGAAGCCCUAUUCGUGUUCAGAAUGUGGGAAAUGUUUUGUACAGAAAUCAGGUCUUCUUAUUCAUAUAAAAAGGUCACACAAAGGUGAUGUAAGGAACUGAAGGGUUAACUUGCACUGAGAGCUUUUGUUUGGUUUUGUUGCUUUGGUUACACCUGUCUGGACUGGUCAGCUGACCUUGAUUGGAGCACCUGCUCUGGCUCCAUAUAAACUGGCAGUCAACUCCCAGUCUUUGCCUGCUUAAGAGCUCAGUUUGUACUCUAGCUCGCCUUCUCCAUGGUUGUGGACCUGUUAUUUAGGACAGGUAGGCAGGGACAGGAGGAGUGAGCGAGAAUAGUGUGCACUCCUUCCCUGCCCAGUCCUGACAGGUGAAGCAACAUUCAUGUUCAAAAUGUGGAAAAUGUUUUGUAAAAAAAAUCAUGUUUUGCUAAACAUGAGAAAGUCACACAGGAGUCUGAGGCAAAAUAAUAAAUAAAAAAAUAUAUAUAAUAAUAUUGAAAAUAGAAAUAUGAAAAUUCAGGGAACGUAACAAAAUUUGAUGUUUCCUGAUUCUAUGUUCACGAUUAAUUGACCUGACAAUAAACUUCAUUAUUAAACAUAAGAUCAACAUUAA